UCUCUUGCAAAGCCACCACCUGCUGCUUCUCCUCUUGGUUGCCCUUGCCACCUCCCAUGGCGAUUCAUCCGGUGCUACCUACAACUCCUCCAUGUGCUUGAAUCAAACUUACAAAUGCGGAGAACUUAGUAUUAGCUACCCGUUCUAUCUCUACAGCGAGACAGAAGAGCUCAACGGCUACAACAAUUCCUACUGCGGCUACCCUGGCAUGGGGAUCGUCUGCGACGACGACAAGCCCAUCCUGCAACUCAACGGCACAACAGCGAACUACACGGUUAAGAGCAUCAGCGGUGCGAGCGCGAACGUCUCGCUAGCCGAUCCGGAGGUCGUCGAAGGCAGCUGCCCAAGAGUCGACCACAACGUGACCUUGGCACCGGGCGCAUGGCUGGACUUCCCUGACAACACGGUCGAUUACCUCGUCUUCUUCCUCAGCUGCUACUUCCAGCUUGGUCUCGUCAAACCGCCUACCCUCGACCCGAUCACCUGCUCAGAAUUCGGUGUUCCUGGAGUCUCGUUCGUGCUUCUCAAUACUUCGGUGCCUCCCGGGAACUGGUCGCAGGCGUGCCGCCAGGUCAUACAAGUUCCUGUGCUCAAACUCGAAUAUGAACAGGCCGACCCAAAUGAUCCUGCAUGGGGAAACACUGGAUACGGCGAUGUCCUUCGCGAAGGCUUCCAGGUAUCGUGGGACGACAACAGACCCGCCGCGUGUACGCAGUGCGAGGGAUCCAAUGGAAGGUGCGCCCACAACGAAACAGGAGUAUUCCUGGGUUGCUUGUGCACCAACGGACAAAUCAACGAUAAGAACUGCACUACGUACAAUUCAACUGGACAGAAGAAGGCCAGCAUACAACUAUAUACAAUAGCAGGCAUCUCAAGCAUAAUGGUCUGUCUGCUUUUGUUUGCAUUUUGUUUGGGGUACAAGAAGUACGGACGCAACACGAAAUCAAAGGAAACAGCAAGAAUUGAGUCCUUCCUACAAAAGAAUGGAACCAUACAUCCAAGAAGAUACACUUAUGAACAAGUGAAAAGAAUGACAACAUCUUUUGCUGAAAAGCUAGGUCAAGGUGGAUUUGGUGCUGUUUACAGAGGCAGCUUCUCUGAUGGCCGUCAGAUAGCAGUGAAGAUGCUAAAGGACUACAAGACUGAUGGGGAGGAUUUCAUCAAUGAGGUGGCUAGCAUUAGUAGAACUUCUCAUGUCAACAUCGUUACUCUCACAGGAUUUUGCUUGGAAGGAUCCAAAAGGGCACUAAUUUAUGACUAUAUGCCUAAUGGUUCACUUGAAAGGUAUGCUUUCAAAGAGAACUCUAAAGGUGGAAAUACUUUAGGUUGGGAAAAACUGUUCAAUAUAACAGUCGGCAUUGCUCGGGGUCUUGAGUAUCUCCACCGAGGAUGCAAUACUCGCAUUGUGCAUUUUGAUAUCAAACCUCACAACAUUCUGUUGGAUCAAGAUUUUUGUCCUAAGAUCUCUGAUUUUGGACUAGCAAAGUUGUGCCUCAAUAAGGGAAGUGCUAUUUCCAUUGGUGGUGCAAGAGGAACAAUAGGUUAUAUUGCCCCCGAGGUUUAUUCGAAGCAAUUUGGAGUAGUAAGUACCAAAUCUGAUGUCUACAGUUAUGGAAUGAUGGUUCUUGAGAUGGUUGGGGCAAGGGAUAAGAAUAUCAGUGCAAACAGUGAAUCUAGCAGCCAAUAUUUCCCACAAUGGAUUUAUGAAAAUUUAGAUGAAUAUUGUGUUAGUGCUUCUGAAAUUAAUGGCGAGAUCACAGAGACUGUAAGGAAGAUGAUAGUGGUUGGUCUGUGGUGCAUACAGUUAAGUGCCACUGACCGUCCAACAAUGACUAGAGUCGUCGAGAUGCUAGAAGGGAGCACAAGUGUCCUUGAAUUGCCACCAAAGGUGUUGUUUAGUUGGUAA